GUCAAAACGGUAAAUGUCACGCUUUCAAAAAUAUGAUGCCAGAAGACACUGUCAAUGUUUUAAAUUUCAAGUACCAAAUUCCCAUGCGCAGGUCGUCUUCCACAAGCGACUUGAACAACCGCAGUCGACUAAAUUCAUCAGACUUGCGCGCGACCAGAUCGAGCGCAGAAGCGUCCGGGGCGGCACAUUCAGAAUUUUUUUUACAAAAAAUAAGGGAAAUGGAUUUGAACGAUCAUGUGCCGGGAGGAAUAGAAACACGAGAUUUGCUGACUAACGAGCCUGUGCUUGUGAAGGAGGAAGCUCUGAAUUAUCAAGGAAAAAUAUAUAGUCGAAACGACAUCGCGUACUUUUGGAAAAAGGACUGCAGGAUGUGGCUGUGGAAGAACUGUAAAGAAUUUAAAAAGAACCGGUCGGUCGCCGAACGUAGAAUCCAAUUGAUUAAGGAUGCCGAGGAAAAGCGUACUUAAUAAAUUAUUUUUGUCCUGUUCCAAAGUUCUAUUUAUUAUCUAUUCAAUACUAGUUAGGAAACGAUGUGAUAA